AAAUGGGACUCUCGAUCCACCGAUUUUGACACAUUUCAAUUUUCAGCUGAUAAAGUUAGGUUAUAUGGAUUUCAGUUUGAGAUGUAAACAUUACUCGUUCGUUACGAAAAUGCAUAUUUCUUUACUCUUCUUAAGUCUUUUAUUCACCAUCUCUCGAAGUGAAGUAAAUGAGACAGUCGAGAGUAGUGUAGACUUGGAAAGUCCUGACGUAAAUACGACACCUGCUUUACAAACUCCUCCUGUGAAUAGUUCAACAGCUUCAAAUGAAAGUACAGUGAAAUUUGUUUCAUGCCUACCUCAUGUCGGUACAGCUCAAGUACACCUGGUCAACGAUACAGAGUUAAUUAAAUAUCUUUCCACCAACCCUAACAUAACCAGUAAGGAAACUCCUGCCAACUGCAUUGUGGUCCUAUUUUAUUCGAAGUACUGCCCAUUCUCGAGCAUGGCGGCUCCCCAUUUUAAUGCACUCCCAAGAGCAUUUCCCACAUUCAAAAUGGUUGCAAUAAACGCCAUCUGGUAUAAUAUAUUUAAUGCACAGAACGGAAUUGUUGGUGUCCCGUCGUUGCUAUUGUUUCAUAAUGGCAAGCUCGUGGCAAAGUUCAACGAAUCCGAGUACACUCUCGAAUUAUUUUCGAGGUUUAUCGCGAAGCACACGGGUGUUCACGCCGAAGAUAAGUCCUUUGUAACGUCGGCAGAUUUCGGGGGACCUGUGUCCAGUAUUCCAACGAGGGAAGAUGACAUGCUGUUACUGUUAUCGUGGGUGUUUAUUGUACUAUGUGCGGCAUAUUACUUUAGCAAAUCUAAGUACUGGACUUGGAUUGUCGAAACCGUACAGAAUACAUGGCGGGAGUCAGAGGCACAGGCGCUGCACGAACAUGCAGAUUAAUUUUCUGAUAUUUGUUAUUAAUUUAUUUGUUAACUUGUUUACUAGUCAUUAAAUCAAUGGCGCCACAAUAAAUAAAGAAACCUGACUAAU